AUGAAUAUCCAAAAUAAUGUUUAAAAAUUUUAAAAAGCUUGUUAUAUAAAAUGCUACAAUUCGUUAUCAAGCAAAAGUGAAGAUAUCUAGAAAAAUGGAGAAGUGAAACAAUUGAUUUAGAGAGUGAAAUUUCAAAAACAUUUGGAAUUACGAUAAUUAUGUCAAUAAAUGAAAUAAAAGUGAA